AUGUCAAAAACAAUCGAUCGUGAGAGCGAGUCUCAACCUGAUCAACUAGUCGGUCAUGAAGGUCAUGCAGCUCUCACUGGUAGCUCUGGCAAACCAACAGCGGAUCGUCACGAAAACCAUCACCUUAUAACAGUCGAGCCACUAAGAAAAUCCGACAUGCAACCAAGUUAUGCUCAACAGCUCAACGAAGGUGAUAUGGUUUAUGGAAAUUAUGGCGCCAUGCUCAAUUGUCUUGGGACGUUCCUCGGGGCUUUCGGCUCCAUCCCACUUUGCUUCUGCUGCCCGAACCCUUACCAAGAAGUUAAACAGGGAAGCGUUGGACUCAUUACUAAGUUUGGAAAGUUCUAUAAAUCGGUUGAUCCUGGAUUAGUCAAAGUUAACCCUUUCAGCGAAAAAUUAAGAAGUGUAGAUGUCAAGAUUCAAGUGGCAGCCAUUGGACGCCAAACAGCUGUCACUAAAGACGCAGUGAAUGUGGAUAUCGACAGUGUCGUAUAUUGGCAUGUUACAAAUCCUUACAAGGCUGCCUUUGCCAUCAAUGAUGUCAAACAAGCCUUGACAGAAAUGGCUCAGACUACACUUCGUUCGGUGGUGGGUGGUCGUAAUUUACAAUCUGUUGUAUCUGAAAGAGAGAGUCUUGCAAUAGAGAUAGCUGAGAUCUUAGAGAAUGUUUCAGAAAAAUGGGGCAUUCAGGUGGAAUCGAUCUUGAUCAAGGAUAUCAUCUUUUCGCGUGAAUUACAAGAAGCUUUAUCGAGUGCAGCUCAACAGAAACGAUUAGGUGAAGCUAAAGUCAUCGCUGCGCGAGCUGAAGUAGAUGCUGCUCAUCUAAUGCGAGAGGCUGCAGAUAUCUUAUCUUCACCUGCAGCCAUUCAAAUUCGUCAGCUUGAAGCUUACCAGAAUAUGGCCAAGCAAAGUGAUUCAAAGGUCAUUUUUGUACCAAUGUCACUUCAAGGUAUGGGAUCUGUUGUGGCUAGUCAAUUAGCCAUGGAGGGAAGUGCUUCUAGGCCAAGCUAG